AUGCCCAGUUUCGACGGCUUCUCCGACCCAGUCUACGAUGCAGCCUCUGAGAUCCCCAUCUCUGAGAUGAACGCCGACGAAUGCGAUGCCGAGAAGCUCCGAAUCAGAGAUCGCAUGGACCUUAUCGAAGCAUUGAUCGCUGCAAAUUUCGAAGCUGGCAUGGAUCCCAACUGCGACGCAACCAUAGCAUUGAAGCAGAGACACGCUAAUCUUCGCCUUCGAUUCCACGAGGUUAAUAUCCAAAUGGACAUUUUGGAUGAGCAGGAUCGUACUAUGGCUGCGGAAAAUAGGAGGAAACGUUCACCGAGUUGGGGUAGAUCGUCGCAGUCACCACCGGCACCUAGAGCUCCGCAUCCUUCGCCUCAGCGCUAA